UCAUCAGCCAACACUUCCAUCGUAUCGACACCCGUCACACAGUCUCGUCGCGUCAGCCACGACUCUCAGCACGAUGCGCACCACUUCAUCAACCUCGGCAAGACGGAGAAGACGCUGAACUCGUCGAUCAAGAAGCUCUGGAAGGACUUCAAGCACGCGGCGACCGAGCAUCAUCGCAGCGUUAAUGCGGCGUACGAGGCAACGCAUGGUACGGGGGCGAGGAUUGGG